AUGCCGAGAGCAUUCCUGGUGAAAAAGCCCAAUGUUUCUCCUGGAAAAAGAAGUUGGAGCGAUCUACCCGAUGAUGAACGAGGAGACGUCUACAUCCCAGUCUCAGCGUACCCUCCAGUUCUGAGAGAUGAGACAGAAGCCAGUACUGCUGAAGUAGCCCUGUGCCUGUCCACUCAUAAAGAACACAACCGAUGUGCACAAAAAUACAUGCAGGAGCCUUACACUAUGGUUUCUAAAGCUGAAUUGCCCUCCUGUACUGCUCUCGGGCAGCAGCACAAUUCAGAAAUCGAGCGCAUCCGAAGUUCACAGAGCAGCACAUACGUUCGCUCUAAAAUCAAGGUAACAACAGGCGAACUUCCCACUGAAUUUAUCAUUCCAAGUAUGUCUUUUGAGCCUGCUGUUACCAUGGCUGACCCAAGCCCCACAACAAGCGGUGGGACAUCGUUAGCACCUGUACAGGGUGGAAACUACAUAUGUAGUGUUUGCCAGAAAGUGUUUCAGUACCAACGCAUGCUUAACAGGCAUCUUAAAUGCCACAGUGAUCAAAAAAGGCAUCUGUGCAAUUUCUGCGGCAAGGGCUUCAACGAUACCUUCGAUCUCAAGAGGCAUGUCCGCACGCAUACAGGCGUUCGCCCAUAUAAAUGCAGCUUGUGUGAGAAGGCCUUUACCCAACGCUGCUCUCUGGAAUCGCACAUGAAGAAGAUCCACGCUGUGACACAGCAGUACGCCUACAAGGAACGCCGCACCAAGCUCUACGUCUGUGAAGACUGUGGCCACACCGCCGCAACCCAAGAUGCAUUGCUGCGCCACAUCCAUAAUCAGCAUCCAAACAGUGCCUUUUUGCGGGCCAAGGGGGUACGUAGACAGUCAGGUUCAGCAAGUGUCAGUGGGCAGGAGGAAAACUCUCUGCCUGGCUCUCCUUUAUCACUGAACAGUGAUGACACAACAGGGUCAGGGGGAAGGUAG